UCCCUCCCGCGCCGUCCUAGCCAAUGCUGUUCGCUCGAGCAAAGCGAAUGACGUCUCUGCAUUUGCGGGCCGCCGACGCAGGGCUGGGUUUCCAUUUUCAGAGCGAGUUUCGGGGGGGAUCGUCAACAUGGAGCCGGAGAUGGAGGACAAAACGCUGGAUCUGAUGAACACGUCGGGUAUGGAGUCACAAAAUCUAGUGGAUGACCUGUCACCAAAGAAGAACACAGUUCUCAAGCUUAGUAACGGUCCCGUCGUGGGUUCCCGCAAACGCCCAUCAGAGGGCAACUACGAGAAAGAGAAGGAACACUGCAUUGCCCUUUUUGACCAGUGGUCAGAGGCCGACCAGGUGGAGUUCGUCGAGCGUCUGAUAUCCCGAAUGUGCCACUACCAGCACGGCCACAUUAACUCUUACCUCAAACCCAUGCUACAAAGAGACUUCAUCACAGCGCUGCCAGCCCAAGGCUUAGAUCACAUAGCAGAAAACAUCCUGUCUUUUCUGGACGCACGUUCGCUUUGCGCGGCAGAACUGGUGUGUAAGGAAUGGCAGAGGGUCAUCUCGGAAGGCAUGCUGUGGAAGAAGCUGAUAGAGCGCAUGGUCCGUACUGACCCACUAUGGAAAGGACUGUCAGAAAGACAUCAGUGGGAGAAAUAUCUGUUUAAAAAUCGCACAUCCGAAGUCCCGCCCAACUCUUAUUAUCACUCCCUAUAUCCCAAAAUCAUCCAAGACAUAGAGACAAUUGAAGCUAACUGGCGGUGCGGCAGACACAAUUUGCAAAGGAUUCAGUGUCGCUCAGAAAACAGUAAAGGGGUGUAUUGUCUCCAGUACGAUGACGACAAGAUCAUCAGUGGCCUUAGGGACAAUUCCAUCAAGAUAUGGGAUAAACAGUCACUGGAGUGUUUGAAGAUUCUGACUGGUCACACAGGUUCAGUGUUGUGCCUCCAGUAUGAUGAAAGGGUCAUCGUCACCGGGUCGUCAGACUCAACCGUUAGAGUGUGGGAGGUGACGACGGGCGAGGUACUCAACACGCUGAUCCACCACAACGAGGCCGUGCUUCAUUUACGCUUCGCCAACGGCCUCAUGGUCACGUGUUCCAAGGACCGCUCGAUCGCCGUGUGGGACAUGGCGUCUCCGACAGACAUCAGCUUACGGCGCGUCCUCGUAGGGCACCGGGCGGCUGUCAACGUAGUUGACUUUGACGAUAAAUAUAUCGUGUCAGCCUCAGGGGACCGCACCAUCAAGGUAUGGAGCACCAGCACCUGUGAAUUUGUCCGAACUCUAAACGGUCACAAAAGGGGCAUCGCCUGUCUACAGUACCGGGAUCGACUGGUGGUCAGCGGCUCGUCUGAUAACACUAUUAGGUUAUGGGACAUUGAGUGCGGGGCAUGUUUGCGAGUGUUGGAGGGUCACGAAGAGCUGGUGCGUUGCAUACGUUUUGAUAACAAGAGGAUUGUCAGCGGCGCUUAUGACGGUAAAAUCAAAGUGUGGGACUUGCAAGCAGCCUUGGACCCACGAGCCCCAGCAAGCACGCUAUGCCUGCGCACUCUAGUGGAGCAUUCUGGCCGCGUGUUCCGUCUGCAGUUUGACGAGUUCCAGAUCAUCAGCAGUUCUCACGACGACACCAUCCUGAUCUGGGACUUUCUCAACGUCUCCACCAACGGCCAGUCAGAGGGACGGUCUCCCUCCCGCACCUACACUUACAUUUCUAGAUAGCAGGUGGCUCCAUUUCCCCGCCCCGUCGGGCGGGCGCGUCCAUCCCGGACCGGAGCGCCGCCGUGUCUUCUCCUUCCUCUCGGCCAUCUCUCUGUCCACCUCCUGGCCCGCUCGCACCUCUUUCCGUCCGUCCGUUCUGCCCCAGCGCGAACGAACGGACCCGUUUUCUACCGGCGCCGAGGACGGAAGCGACGCCGCUUUCCCGGGAAGACGGGCUUCUACUAAUUUAUCUUUUGUAAACGAAUGACAGUAUUAACAGUCUCCCAAAUUUCCACCUGCCAAAACAAAUCGCUUCUAGUUCUAUUUAUAUAUUCCAUAUACAUACAUGCGAAUGCACACAGAGCUGGACAGAGGAUGGCCGGAGCUUUGACGCGGGAGAAAACAGACUCUUAUUACUCGGCUCCAGGGAAAAGACGGAGGGGAGUGCACAUAUUCCCCUCUCGGCCGUUUCUCUCGACGACAUCCCUUCCUUGCAUUAUACCCGCCCCGCCCCGCCCCUUUCCAGAAAUGCACACUAGCUCGGAAACACGACGUGAGCGUGUCGCGUUUAUGUACGUGGGACUCGGCAGAACGGAGCGAGAGCGUCAGACAUGCAUGUGAGGUUGCUGCGUCCUGGCACACUUCAGCUAUUCUUUCUUUCUCCCCACCCCCCUCUCUUUAACUGUUCUUAUUUUUUUUAUAUGUAUAAUUAUUUUCUACUUUAAUUUCAGUAUGUUUUUGGUUCUUAGUACAAAAAUUCAUACUAGUCCUCCUCCCUUCUUUCUCUUCUUUGUUCGUCCCUCACUCCAUCGUUGAGCUUGCUUUGGUUACGAGAAGCUGGAAUUCAUUCAAAUUUAGUUGUAAACAGACUUGUCUUGUCCAAAAUUGUGUUGUAUAUUAAAAUGAUUUUUUAAAGAAGAAAAGGA